AUGCGUAUAGCGCAGCUCCUCACGUCGCUCAUCGGCACCAAUGCCAUCCUCCUCGACCCCUCCAAGCCCGACUCGCGCAAAGCCCGCAACGUCCUAGAGGGCAAGGCAGAGGGCUACUGCUCCCCCUCAGGCCCAAUAGAGAGCACGCACUGCGCCUACGAGACGGUCGAGGCGGUGAACAAGAAGCUCUUCCCACCGCUGCACGAGCUAGUGACGACGCCCUUCUUCAAAUACUACAAAGUAGACCUGUACCGGGAAUGUCCCUUCUGGCAGGAGAACGGGUUCUGCAUGAACCGCGCGUGCGGGAUCGAGGACACGGACGAGUCUGACAUUCCGGAAAAGUGGCGCGCAAAGGCUCUGUCGGCAGUGCAGACGGGGGACAUGCAAGGGGGCGUCAGCGGGUGUUACUUCCGAGACGACGACUUUUGCUUCAUCGAGGACGACGCGACAAACGAGGGGCAGUACAUCGACCUCUCGAUCAAUCCGGAGCGGUUCACAGGGUACGCGGGCGACUCUUCGCAUAACGUGUGGAAGGCGAUCUACCAGGAGAACUGCUUUGGCCUGUCCGAGGCCGGCAUCAAAGAUACGGCGCAGGUCAGCAAGUUCUCCCCUGCGCCCGGGUUCAGUGCCCUGUCCGAGGGGCUCGGCACGGAGAUGGUGACGAGCACAGGCGACACGUGCGAGGAGAAGAAGAUCUACUACCGCAUCAUCUCCGGCCUGCACGCGAGUAUCAGCAUCCACAUCUGCGCCGACUACCUCGACCAGAGCACGGGCGAGUGGGCGCCCAACCUGCAAUGUUUCGUGAACCGCGUCGCGACGCACCCCGAGCGUCUCUCCAACGUCUACUUCAACGCCGUCCUCAUGCUGCGCGCCGUGGCGCGCGUAGCCCCCUACUUAAAGGCAUACGACAUUGACCUGUCUCGCCCUGGGAUCCCGUGCUCGGCGGCGCAAAAGGCGAGCGACGCGAAGACACACAAGCUGUUCGACCAGGUCCUCUCCAUUGCCGAGGGCGCAGACGUGGCGCACGGUUUCGACGAGGGCGACUUCUUCACUGGCCCCGACGCACCCGUGCUCAAGGAGCAGUUCAAGAGCCACUUCCGCAACGUGUCCCGCAUCAUGGACUGUGUCGGGUGCGACAAGUGUCGGCUCUGGGGCAAGCUGCAAGUGACCGGCAUUGGCACGGCGCUCAAGAUCCUCUUCGCGCUAGACGACAAGGACCUCGACCCGAAACGCAACCCGGACCUCUUGCAGCGUUCGGAAGUGGUUGCGCUGUUCAACACCCUGCACCGGAUUUCGGAGAGUCUCGCGAGCGUCGACGACUUCAGGAAGGAAUACGCCGCAACGCAGACCCAAACCCCCACGGAACCCAAACUCAUCGUCCGCAAGACUGUCAAGGAGCCGGAUGGAAGUACCUGGACGUACGAGGCGGUCGUGGGCAGCGUGCUCGCCGCCAUCGAGGCGGUGCGGAGAGGGUGCAAGGGGUGCUUCUCGACCGUGAUCCGGCUCGCAAAGGGCGUCGUCGUGCCCAAGACGGAACUCUGA